UCUUAGUCUGGGAGAAAUACAAGCUUCAGCGAUAGCGACAUACAGUAGAUUCUAGUGCACGUUGUGAUACAUCUCUGGUCCUGAUGAAUGAGCACUUUUUGUAUGUAUGGAUUAAAAAAAAAAAUUGACAAAAUUGUUGGGAUCCAUCAUCAUUGCAUGCAAGUUUGCUGUAUUUCGAUUGCAGACGCUGUUAAAAAAAAAAAAAAAAAGAGUACGGAAUAAUGGCGCCCUCUGGUGGUCCUUAACGAGCGGUACUGAGAGUAGUGGUGGUCUCUGUCUGGUCUCGGGACUAUAAAUACGAUGUAAAAAAAAAAAAAAAAGGGUGUCGUUUGCAGCGGUCGCGGUAUUUUCUCGGUCCCACUUGGUUCGUCACCGUCCUGUGAGUCCGACCGUCCGAGCCGCUUCGUCGGGACUGAAGUUUUGAGCGCCGUGCAGGGUCCGGGCGAAACAUGCCAAAAAGUAGCAGAUGCGUUCACUGCUUCCAGUGGAUUUUGGCGGUGUCGACUUUGUUCUGUUUGGGUUUUAUCGCAGACAUAUUGUGUCCACCGCGCAGGUUGGUUUGCAAAACCCACUCACCCAAACGACGCGAGCGGUCCCUCCGGGCCGUACAUGCGGGAGUUUCUGGAUGAAAUCCUCCCGAGUAAGAUCGGAGAGCACCUGAGGAAAUUUACACGGCUCCCCCACCUGUCCGGAACAGAGCAGAACCUGAAGUACGCGGAACAGGUUCGGAACGAGUGGCGGGAGUUUGGCCUGGACUCGGUGGAGAUGGUGCCGUACGACGUCCUGCUGUCCUACCCCAACGUGUCGCGACCCAAUUACAUCGCAAUCGUCGAUGCGCAAGGCCGCGAGAUCUUCAACACGUCCUUGGCCGAGCCCACUCCUGAGGGUUACGAAGACGUUCCCGACAUCGUGCCGCCUUACAGCGCCUACUCCGCCAAGGGGCAACCCCAGGGGGACUUGGUGUACGUCAACUACGGCCGCACCGAAGACUUUUUCCAGUUGGAGAGGCGGAUGGGAAUCAACGUGACCGGCAAGAUUGUCAUCGUCAGAUACGGGAAGAUAUUCCGAGGCAAUAAGGUGAAGAAUGCCAUACGGGCAGGCGCAAAGGGACUUAUUUUGUUCUCCGAUCCAGCUGAUUACUGUGCCGAAGGAGUCAAGCCAUACCCCGAAGGCUGGAACCUUCCGGGUGGUGGAGCUCAGAGAGGAAAUGUCAUGAACCUGAACGGCGCAGGAGACUCUCUCACGCCUGGCUACCCGGCUAAAGAAUACACCUACAGAUCCCGUCCUGAGGAUGGAGUGGGUCUUCCCAGCAUCCCUGUGCAUCCCAUUGGCUACCACGAUGCGUUUCACUUCCUCAAGAACAUGGGAGGACAAAUUCCCCCGAACAACUGGAAAGGAGCUUUAAACGUGUCCUACAGGAUCGGUCCGGGUUUUACGGAUGACUUCAAGAACCAGUUUGUCCGCAUGAACAUCCACACCAACAAUCAGGUGACCAGGAUCUACAACGUCAUUGGAAGGAUAAGAGGAGCGCUAGAACCAGACAGGUACGUGAUUCUGGGAGGACACCGGGACGCCUGGGUUUUUGGAGGAAUAGAUCCCAUGUCGGGAGCUGCUUUGGUCCAUGAAAUUGUCCGUAGCGCUGGCCGGCUUCUCAGGAAAGGCUGGAGGCCGAGAAGAACGAUAAUAUUUGCCAGCUGGGAUGCAGAGGAAUUUGGACUGCUGGGCUCAACAGAAUGGGCAGAGGACAAUGCCAAAGUGCUUCAGGAAAGAGCAGUGGCCUACAUCAAUGCAGACUCUGGCAUAGAGGGUAUGUACACGCUCAGGGUUGACUGCACACCAUCUCUGCACACCCUCGUGUAUGACCUCACAAAACAGCUCGCCAGUCCAGAGAAAGAAGAGGAAGGACUGUCUUUGUAUGAAAGUUGGCAUAAGAGAGACAACUGGACAAAUGACCGCGAUGCGCCCAGGAUCAGAAAACUGGGCUCGGGAAGUGAUUUUGAGGCUUAUUUUGUCCGUCUGGGAAUUGCAGCGGGCAGAGCAAGAUACACCAAGAACUGGAAAACCGAGGGAUACAGCAGUUAUCCGGUCUAUCACACCGUGUACGAAACCUUCGAAGUUGUGGAGCGGUUUUACGACCCUUCCUUCGCGCGGCUUCGGACUGUGGCUCAAGUAAGAGGCGGCCUGGUCUUCCUCCUGGCGGAUUCCCAGAUCAUCCCUCUCGAUGCCAACCAGUACGCCAUCGCCCUCGACAAGUACGCGCGCAGCAUCGCGGCGAUGGCACAAACGCACCCGCAGGAGAUGAAGACGUAUGAGGUGUCAUUUGACUCCAUGUUUUCCGCUGUCGAGAACUUCACCGUUGCAGCAAAGGAGUUUCACGAGCGACUGCAAGCCGUAAACAGAGCAGAUCCAAUCCAGGUACGCGCAAUGAACGACCAGCUCAUGUAUCUGGAGAGAGCCUUUAUAGAUCCACUGGGCUUACCUGGAAGACCAUUCUACAGACAUGUGAUAUUUGCUCCGAGCAGCCACAAUAAAUACGCCGGCGAGUCUUUCCCCGGCGUCUACGACGCAUUAUUUGACGUCGAGCACUCGGCGAACCAAGACAAGGCCUGGAAUGAAGUCAAGCGACAAAUCAGCAUCGCGGCGUUCACCGUCCACGCCGCCGCCGCCACGCUCGCGCCGCCCGCGUGACACACCGCUUUGUAGCAAGGGAUGAAACGAGCAGUUACCGUGUUUCUGAAAUUCAAAAGGGAAAUGUUGUCAAUCGUAGCCAUUUGUCAAUUCAUUUUUUGAUGUUAUGGUCAUAUCCAUUUAUCUAAUUACUUACCGUACUGCAUAUCACAAGCAAACUCACAGGGAAGCUAACGUCAUUUGUCAUAGUGAUUCUUUCUCCGUGGAAGCUUUACAUC